AACUAGAAGUGGAAUCGGAUUGGUUGCUAUAACGAAGCCAGUUCUCCUCGACCCCCGGUUUGUUAAAUUAUCUACCUCACUGAAACUACAAAGCAUUGACAUGGCGUGGAUUUAAAAUCCACACCACAUGUCUAUAUCCGGAAAAAACUGUGGAUUUCACGGGAAGGAUCUCGUGACGACUCCCACGUUUGUAGUACAAAUGACUAUUAUCUCGCUGGUGUGUAUAGAGCCUUAAAAGUAGUCAGCCAUGUUCUUUUAUAGUAAUGGCAUAUUGUAAACGCCACAUCAAAACAGCCCUGGGGAAAAAAAUCAUGCACUUUUUACAUCUGUAAAAACUACAACUGCCUCAAAAAUCGCGUUUAAAAAGCAUGCGUUUUCACCAAACUGCUACGUGUGAAUAGUCAUUCAAUGCACAUAUCUGCGUUUUAGCCCACAUAGAAAUGUGUUAAGACGCAGAUUGUAUUAGCACUGCAGCCUAUGGCCAUUUAGAACGAUGGACGGCACACCAUAUUCGCUCCACCAGCUGAACAGCUCAGGCCAAGAGAUCAAUGAACACUUUAAUCCGUUUCGCCAUCCACUACCUCAGGACACACGUGGCUAAAAGGCCGCUGUUGAUUGGCGUUUCGCCUUUCAUUCCACGCUCCCAUUGGUUGCUCCGCCCUAGCAGCCUGGCCGCCAUCUUGGAGAGGGCAUGGAGGAGCUGCGAAGCCUUAAACACCGGCGCUUGUUCUAGGACACAGAAUGGAUGAUCCUUUUGAUGGUACUGAGGUGACAGUGGAGUCUGAAGUGAUGGAGGAAAGCUAUGUGCCUGCUAAGCCUCCUGUAAAGAGGAAGAAAUAUAGAGGUUGUUCAGAACAAGGAGAGGCUGUGAAGAAACCACGGUCUGCUUAUCUUCUCUACUACUAUGACAUCUACCUGAAAGUCCAACAAGAGGUGCCUCAUCUGCCCCAGUCUGAGAUUAACAAGAAGAUAAGUGAGAGCUGGAAACUUCUCAGUGUGGCCGAGAAGAGUUAUUACCUGGAGCGUGCCAAGUUGGAAAAGGAAGGGCUGGAUUCUAACAUUAAAUCCAGCACGUCCACCAUGAUAUCAGAUGUUCCAGGCUUUAGAAAGAUCCUGCCACGUUCAGAAUACAUCCUGAUACCCAAGAGAAUACCUGAGGAUGAACUUCAGCGUGUAGAUAUAUGUGUCACUCAGCCUCCUUCUGCUGCUUUAUCCCAUAAUGGAGGUCAAAGCUUCAUUACUUUGGAACAUGGACAAAUUGACCUUUCUGAGCAGUUGACCGAGGUAGAAAGUAUAACUGAGAAAGUGGCAAGUAUUAUGCCAGCGGACUCCGUGCAAGAAGUUACUUCUGGGGGCAUAUACACCCAACUUUCUGAGAAACUGGCAGGAGAAAUUAUACUAAAUGAUACUACAUUAGAAAUUGGGGAGACGAGCACAUACCCAGCUGCCAAUGUGGUCAUUGAGGAAGAUGGAGGCAUUUCCCUCACGCAGUCAGAAAUGUCUGUCCUCACUGUUAUGGCAAUCCAGGAUACAGAAGAACAUUGCACUGCAUCCCCUCCCUCCCAGUAUAUUAUGAUGCCAUUGAUAAGUCGCUCCCUCACAGAACAAUCCCGGGCUAUUAAAUUGGCAACCACCUACACCAGAAGAGGGCGCGGGAGCUGCACCAACCCCAGCUGCUCUUUUACCUACGUGACAAGACACAAACCUCCUAAAUGUCCCCUCUGCGAUCAGUUCCUUGGUGGAAAAUGGGUUCCAAAGGGGAAACUUGUAAAAGAGAAGAGCCCAGUCCCAUUGAAUAAUAAUGCACCAUCUUCUGACAGUCCAGAUGCUCAAGAGCAGUCUGCCAUCACUGCAAGAGAGUCAAAGGCAACAGAGAAAGAGAACACUGAGGCGGUCAGUCACCUUCUUCAAGACACCCCACCAGCCCAUAUUGAAGAGUGGGAAGAGGUGAUCAUUUCAGACUCUCACUUCAUAGCAGAAGAUAAUGGUGAUGCCCAGGGGUCUAGACAGAUGGAGAAACAACUGAAGAAGAGUGCGCCGGUGGCAGAGAGUGAUACCAGCAAAGCCGAGAAACUGCCUUCAGGACAUUGUAAAGCCUCUUCUUCAAAGACACCUCCAUCUUCAGCUUCUUUAGCCCACAAAGCAGAACCGAAAUGUGUAGCUAAACCACUGGCGGCUGCUUCCAGGCCCAUAAGAGCAAUACUCCCAGCUCCGGCCAGCGUAAACCGAGGAAUCAGCACGGAGUGUGCUGCUAGCACAUUGACCAUUUUAAAACCUGAUACACAGAACCUUAUCUCAUCCACUGGACUAAAGGCCAGCACAUUGAAGCAGCUUGGUCAAGUGGUUUUACAGCAACCAGGGUCUCAAGACAUCACGGUACGAACGGAUCUCCAAGCACCUUUAUCACAGCCACAGCUCAAAGUGGUGACUGGUGACUUUCCAUCAUAUAAAUAUAGCUGCCCCGUGGCCCUGGACCUGGGCUUAGCUACACAGCGGGGGAGAGGAAAGUGUAAAAAUCCCUUCUGCAAUUUCAUGUAUACCAACAGACAUAAACCAAAAACCUGUCCCAACUGUGGCUGCAGUCUAACAAAGGACAAAGUCGAAAAAGAAGCCGAAAGUGUAGCCCCGAUUUGUAUCAUUACUGAUUUCACUUUAUGUGAGCCUCUUACACAAGGACAAAAAGAAAUCCAGCGACAGUCCACCCUCCAGCUAAUACGUAAAACUGUUCAGAUCCCUGAGAAUGAGACAGAAUUAUCAGAAACUUUCACUUUGAUCCAAGAGCUAAAUAGUUCUCGUCUAGUACUCUCCAACGUUAGUGAUGGCACUGUCACCAUAGAGCAAACCUCCUGGGCCAACGAAUACGAGUCCCCAUCUGACCAGUGUCUGCUUUGCGGAACCCAUUUAUUUAAGGGUGAAAAGAACAGCUCAGUGGCCGGGGCUCAGGACUGCUGGUUACUGACAGCCACUUGUCUGCAGCUGGUGACCGCCCAGGUGAAGGUUUGUCUGAACCCCCAGUGUCUGGCGAUGCACAGCUUCAAUGACAUCUAUACUGGUCUCUUCAAUGUGGGGAACAAGCUACUGGUUAGUCUUGAUCUUUUUUUUUCCAUCCGGAACCAAUUAAAAGCAGGAGAAGACCCCAAAACGUCCAUCAGCAAUAUCUUGGAGUCAGUGCAGAGAGAAGCAGAGAACGUCCUGAGCUCAGAAGAGUUGCUGACGGUACAGGAGCUGGUGGCCUAUGGAUACUGGGCUUUUGAGUGCCUCACCAUCCGGGAUUAUAAUGAUAUGAUCUGUGGUGUAUGUGGCGUGGCACCAAAAGUGGAAAUUGCACAGAGAAAUGUAAAGAAUACAUUGACCCUGAACAACAUUGAGUUUACCUGGCCUGAAGUGUUAACAUAUAAUGAGGUGAACAUGGAGGAUUUCUGGUCCACGCUGGAAAAUGAAGUCUUGGAACAAGCUGUCUUUCCCACCAGCGUUUCUGUUACGAAAUUUGAUGCAUCCAUUAUCUCCCCAUUCUUCCCUCCACUCAUGAGAGGAGCAGUGGUAGUUAACAGUGAAAGCUACAAGAAUCUGGAAAUACAGAAAGUUGCAGGUAAUGGCAGUGCUCUGGUACGACUCCUUCAUGACGGGACCCUGAAGCUGAAUGAUUUAAACAAGCUCAGUGCCGAAGAAAUGCAAAAGAAUUUGACACUUUGUGGGAUUCCUUGGGAUGACACUGACACAAAGGAUAAUAUGUGUUAUUCCAUCCUGGCUCUUUCUGAGUUUGUGCAGAACGGCACACAGACUAAAGAACCUCCGCCGCAUUUAACUGGGGGGAAGCUCUACAAGGUCUGCCCUCAUCAGGUGGUUUGUGGAUCCAAAUACAUUGUGAGAGGAGAAAGCCCCCGGGAUCAUGUGGAUCUCUUGGUCUCAUCGCGACACUGGCCUCCAGUCUACGUAGUAGAUAUGGCAACACAGGUAGCUCUUUGUGCCGAUCUCUGUCAUCCAGACCUGACAAAACGGAUGUGGGGGAAGAAUCAAGGAUGUUUCUCAGACCCUUCAGAGUCACCAAAGUAUGUAUCCUGCCCAGAACUCUUAGACAGACAUUAUAGCGUGGACAUGAUGGGCAACGAGUCUUCAAUUCUGCAUCCUGUUACCAAGUCCAAGUCUCGAAGAAUUGUUCACGCAGUAGCGGAGCAGAACGGAACCUGUGACCCAACCGCUCGCCACCAUGCACUUUCAUUGUGCCGGGAGAUGGAGCCCUAUAGUGCAAUCAUCACAGCCAUUGGAGAUAGCAAAACCAGCAACGUCCGCCACCACCCCAUUAACUUUGACAACGUGACACACUAUUACCUCUACAAUAGACUGAUUGACUUUCUCACCAGCCGAGAGAUUGUGAACCGACAGAUUCUUGACAUUGUUCAAAGCUGUCAGCCCGGAGAAGUGGUCAUCAGAGACGCUCUCUAUCGACUUGGUGUUGCACAAAUCAAGACUGAAAUAGGAGAUAGUGUUCUGGAGGAAGAUUUAUUGUUGGAACAGCCAAGUUCUGUGUGAUCCUACCUGACAUAUAGUAUUGCGCACUACAGGUUCCGUACGUUUAUCUACAGACUAUGGAGACAAUCAGCUAUCCGGACAGUGUCCAAGUGACUGGGAAUUUUCCUGCCCAAGUAUGAGCUGAAAACUGCAUUGAAUGGUGGAAAUUAGAAAAAAAGCACUUUUUUAUCAAUACAUUCAUUACCAGAUGUAGAAUGGGAGGACAUACCAUAUUUCAACCUAGAUUGCAUGUCAGGGGCUGAGAAAAUAAAUUUCAUAAUUAUUCACAAUUACUAAUGAAUUGUUAGAGAGACAUAAAGGGAUAAUGUAUGAUGAGUCAUUGGAGAGCAGGGUGCCCAUAUACCCUUCUUGCACAGGCGCCCUCUACUUGAGAUGUAAGCUGGUUUAUCUGGUGAUGCCCAAGGGACUGGUCUAAGCUGGCAGAUUCUAGGUCUCCAAGGUCAGUGGGCUUUCUUUCAUUGAUAUUCAAGGGGGUUGUAUAGGAGACAUGACCACUUUCUUCCAAAAAUAGAGCCACCCUAGUCUACACAUAUUCUUUGGAAUGGGGCUGCAAUACUGCACUCAGCUUUGACCCCAUUUCUGAAAGAAAGCAGCCAUGUCUUGAAAACUCAUACAAUUUUUUUUCAUAGCAGUGAGACCACUCUUCCCUUGCUUCUGCCUCCUGACAGUUGUCAGACCCCCAUUAGUCUAACAUUUAUGGCUUGCCGUAAAUCUGAGCAGAAACAUUUUAAGAAAUUAUAAUAUAAAGGUUUUCCAAGAUGUUUUUUACUGAUGACCUAUCCUCAUGUAAGCGCUCCUUCCUUCUCGCAGCUUACUAAGCACAGCGCCGUACAUUGUAUAGUGGCUGUGCUUGGUAUUGCAGCCCAGCCCUAUUCACUUGUAUGAGGCUGAGCUCACCUAGGCCACGUGGCCAAUUAAUGUGUCGUCAUUGGCCUAGGAAAAGCAGAGCGAAGGCCAUAAUGCUCACAGUAGUGCUGCUGCCUUCUCAGAAAUCUCGGGAAACCCCUUUAAGGAGAUUGUCCAGCUUUAAAACCACCACUGCAUUCACUGCUCUCUAGCCCCCAUUUGUAGACUUCUGGAAUGAAUGGGAAGGGGGGACGGGGGGUCUUAUGUUCCUCAGCAGCCAAUGAAUGGCUGCAACAGUGACUUGUCCUCCAAGAGGCACGGGUCACGUUCUGCUUUGGGGACAUGUCAGCGCUGCAGCCAGUCAUUAGCCUCCCGCCCAUUCAUUUCAAAAGCUUACAAGUGGGGACAGGAGUGCAGAGAACUCACCAUUGGAACAAAAAAGCUGGCUUCCCUUUAGAGGUCUGGCAGAUGAGGUUGGGUGUGAAAAAACGUUAUAAAAAGGUGGACAAACCCUUUAAGAGCAUUUUCUUGUAAACCAAAAUGUUAAUGAAUAGGCCACUUUCCAGUAAAAUGUAUAACAUGCUAUAAAUGAUUGUUUUAUACUAUGAAAUACCCCUCAUUGCUAAUCACAGCUCUCUAUAUUAAUGCCACCUGCUGCCCGUUUAACAAAUUGCAUCAAGGUUCUCUGCAUCCAUAGGAAUGAUAUAGCGGUGGCUAACGGAGAUGUAGCUGCAUGGACAGUAUACACACACAGGCUAAACAUGUGCAGAAGUGGAUUUAGCUGAGAAGUGGUCCUCUAAGUAAGGGCUCAUGCACACGACCGUAUUUCCUCCGAGACAUACGGUCCGUGAGCGGGCCAUAUGUC